AAGAGGAGCUUCCGUUCGAUAAGAAAUCAGUCUGUUAAAAUUCGUGGUGUGAGGUUGUCUCUAUAUUUUUGCCAGUAAAGUAGUGACUUUUGAACAGGUAAUGCAAGGAAGAAUGGAUUUUGAUGAGUGUAGAGUUGGGGAUAUACCGACUGUCAUGUACGUUCCCGGCUUCAUGUCCACCACUGAAGAAACUCACCUCCUUAACAAUAUAUAUGGAGCUCCUGUGUCAAAGUGGAAGUCUUUGAAAAGCAGGAGAUUACAGAAUUGGGGUGGUGUUGUCCACGAAAAGGGUCUACUGCCUCAAGAUUUGCCUCCUUGGCUAACAAAGAUCACACAACGAAUACAUGAAAAAUCAGGGCUGUUUCCCUCUGCAAUCAAUCACAUUCUCACCAAUGAAUACCUUCCAAACCAAGGAAUAAUGCCACAUCAGGAUGGACCUGCAUAUUUUCCGGUGGUAGCAAUAUUGUCUCUUGGAUCACCUGUUGUGAUGGAUUUCACUCAUUCAAAAUUUAGAUUAAGCACAAGCGCAUUGAAGAACACUGUUGACGACAAGAAUUCUAAUGGAGAAGUUUUUGAGACAGAUCAGUGGAAGGAUAAUCACCAUCCCUUCUCUGUCUUAUUGAUGCCUUGCAGUUUAUUGAUCUUCAAGGACGAUGCAUACUCAGAUUACUUGCAUGGUAUUAAAGAUAAUGAUGUACAAGAAUAUGGUGGGGUAGUAAAUGUGAAUGAAAUUGUAGCAUUGACAGCUCAAGAAGUUGGUUUGCCAUUAGCAAGCUCAGAAAAGGCUGUUGAAGUGAUGAGAGAUGAAGACGCCAAGAUUAUUACUAGAACUAAGACAAGAGUUUCAUUAACGUGUCGAUUGGUCUUGAAGGUUCACAAAAAUCUGUUCAAGUUUUAGAAUUCUCACAGUUGUACUUUGUUUCUGUAGUCUAACAAGUUCAUAACUGUUUCGAGCAUUCACUUGAAAUAUUUAGCCAGUGCCUAUUAGUUACUUAGAAGAAAGAUGUACUUGAGUGAAAGUAGCAGGACUUUAGAUGUCUUAAACAUUGCAUAAGCACCAAUGGCAGCAGCAAACCUCAGAUCCUGUAAUAUUUAUGUUUUACACAAUAUGACUAUUCAUUCUCUUUCAA